GUUGAUUUGGGAUUUGUAUAAAUAUUCUACUUUUUUUUUUUUUUUUUUUUAAGUGUUAUUUGACUGAAUGGACGGAGGAGUUGAUGUUUUGCAGAUGAUUUGCUUAGUUUUACUAGAUUUUAAAAAAAAAAUUCUUGUGUUGAUUCUGUUAUAUUGCUUGUCAUGGUUAUUGUUUCAUUUCCAUUUUUCUUCUGCUAAGAAAUAUUUUCCAGUUGAAGUCAGCUAAUUGGUGAAAGAUGACAUCUUUUUUAUUUAUGGUUAUAAAUUGAAGUAUGAUUGAACUGGGUUCACUGGUUUUGAUAUUUUGCAGCUAAUAUCAAUAAAAGUUUAUAGGAGAAGAGAUGGGUGCUGAUGGUAAGGAAGGCUUGAAAACACCACUUCUGCAGCAGCCAAAUGGUGUGGCAAUCACUAUUCCUCAGACAAAUGCUGAUGGAGGGAAGAAAGUUAGGACUCUAACCUUCAAAGUUGGUGGCAUAACAUGUGCAUCUUGUGCCACAUCAAUAGAAACUGCAGUAGGAAGGCUAGAUGGGAUCCAGAGCAUUAUGGUGUCUCCUCUCCAGGGCCAAGCUGUUGUUAAAUUUGUACCAGAACUUAUCAGCGCAUUGAAGAUAAAAGAAACUGUAGAAGAUGCAGGCUUUGAAGUAAAUGAGUUCCCGGAGCAAGAUAUUGCAGUAUGUCGAAUCAGAAUCAAAGGAAUGGCUUGCACAAGCUGUUCUGAAUCUGUAGAACGAGCACUAUUGAUGGCUGAUGGAGUGAAGAAAGCUGUUGUUGGUUUAGCUCUUGAAGAAGCUAAAGUCCACUAUGAUCCAAAUCUUACCAACACUAGCUCCAUUGUUGAAGCAAUAGAAGAUUCUGGCUUUGGAGCUGAUCUCAUAAGCUCAGGUUGUGAUUCAAGUAAAAUACAUUUUAAACUAGAAGGAAUCAAUUCUAUGGAUCAGUGGAAUGAAGUUAAACUUUCACUUGAGUCUUUGGAAGGUGUAAAUCAGGUUGAAAUGGACUUUCAAGGGAAUAUAGUUACAAUUAGUUAUGAAGCUGAUACAAUUGGUCCUCGAACUCUUAUUCAGUGCAUUGAAGAAGCUGGUCAUGGAACCAAUGCUUAUCAUGCAAGCCUGUACACUCCACCAAGGGGACGUGAAACAGAGAGAGAACAUGAAAUCCAAAUGUAUAAGAAUUUGUUUCUGUAUAGCUGCCUAUUCUCAAUUCCAAUAUUUGUAUUCUCUAUGGUGCUUCCGAUGCUUCCGCCCUAUGGGAAUUGGUUAGACUAUAAGGUUUUAAAUAUGCUCACUGUUGGCGUACUUUUGAGAUGGAUCCUUUGCACCCCAGUGCAGUUUAUAAUUGGCCGAAGGUUUUAUGUGGGAUCAUAUCAUGCACUUAGACGAAAAUCUGCAAAUAUGGAUGUUCUGGUGGCAUUGGGCACCAAUGCUGCUUACUUCUAUUCUAUAUACAUAAUGAUAAAAGCAUUGACUUCAUAUUCGUUUGAGGGGCAAGAUUUCUUCGAGACUAGUGCCAUGUUGAUUUCCUUCAUUCUUUUAGGAAAAUAUCUUGAAGUUCUGGCCAAAGGAAAGACAUCUGAUGCUUUGGCGAAGUUAACUGACCUUGCUCCUGAAUCAGCCCACCUGUUGACACUUGAUGGAGCUGGAAAUAUCAUAUCGGAGAUUGAAAUGAGCACUCAACUUAUACAAAAGGAUGACAUACUUAAAAUUGUCCCAGGGGCAAAGGUUCCUGUUGAUGGUGUAGUUAUUAAUGGUCAGAGUCAUGUGAAUGAGAGUAUGAUCACAGGAGAAGCAAGGCCAGUUGCUAAAAAGAUUGGUGAUAAGGUGAUAGGUGGGACAGUGAAUGAGAAUGGAUGUAUAUUGAUUAAGGCCACUCAUGUGGGUUCCGAGACUGCUCUUUCACAAAUUGUCCAAUUAGUUGAAGCUGCUCAGCUUGCGAGAGCACCUGUUCAAAAGCUGGCAGAUCAGAUAUCAAGAUUUUUUGUACCAACGGUUGUUGUAGCUGCAUUUGUAACAUGGUUGGCAUGGUUCAUUCCUGGAGCAUUGGGUCUUUAUUCCAAAAGGUGGAUACCAGAAGGCAUGGAUGAAUUUGAGCUUGCAUUGCAAUUUGGUAUAUCAGUAUUGGUGGUUGCGUGCCCCUGUGCUCUUGGAUUGGCAACUCCCACUGCAGUCAUGGUUGCCACAGGAAAGGGAGCCUCUCAAGGUGUGCUUAUCAAGGGUGGAAGUGCUCUUGAGAAAGCACAUAAGAUCAAAAUGGUUGUCUUUGAUAAGACCGGAACAUUGACCGUUGGGAAACCUUCUGUUGUCAGUGCUGUGCUUUUCUCUGAAUUUUCUAUGGAGGAGUUCUGUGAUUUAACCAUUGCUACCGAGGUGAACAGUGAACAUCCAAUUGCAAAAGCUGUUGUGGAGCAUGCCAAAAGUCUACGCAAGAAAUUUGGGACCGAAAAUGGGCAUUUUCCUGAUGUGGAGGACUUUGAGGUGCACUUAGGAGCUGGAGUUAGUGGAAAAGUUGGAGAUAGAAGAGUCUUGGUUGGAAACAAGAGACUUAUGAGUGCUUCUAAUGUUCCAGUUGGGAAUGAGGUUGAUAAAUACAUUUAUGAGAACGAGCAGCUUGCCCGUACUUGUGUGUUAGUUGCCAUUGAUGGAAGAGUUGCUGGAGCCUUUGCUGUAACUGAUCCAGUGAAGCCCGAGGCUGCCCGUGUAAUAUCUUUUCUCCACUCAAUGAAAAUCGCGAGUGUCAUGGUGACAGGUGAUAACUGGGCAACUGCAAACGCUAUAGCAAAGGAAGUUGGGAUUGAGACUGUGUUUGCUGAGACAGAUCCUUUGGGGAAAGCCGAUAAGAUCAGAGAAUUGCAGUUGAGAGGCACAAGCGUGGCAAUGGUGGGGGAUGGCAUAAACGACUCGCCAGCAUUAGUAGCAGCAGACGUUGGGUUGGCAAUUGGUGCGGGAACUGAUGUAGCCAUCGAAGCUGCAGACAUAGUUCUCAUCAAGAACAACCUUGAAGACGUUAUCACAGCAAUAGACCUCUCCAGAAAGACCAUUUCGCGUAUCAGACUCAACUAUGUUUGGGCACUUGGAUACAAUAUCCUGGGCAUGCCCGUCGCUGCAGGGGUCUUAUACCCCUUCACCGGAAUCCGCCUGCCUCCAUGGCUUGCCGGUGCCUGCAUGGCUGCAUCAUCUAUCAGCGUGGUAUCUUCAUCGCUUCUUCUGCAGUCCUACAAGAAACCUCUGCGCAUUCAAGGUUGAUUCUAAGAGUAAGUUAUUUACAGUAUACAUGAUACUGCUAACUUGUAGAUCAGAUAAUAAAUGCAUGAGACCAAACAAUGAACAAAUAAUAGUGCAUUUCUCACCCAUUGGUGCAACUGUGCAAGUUAGAGAAGAAAAAUAGCCUCUGAAUACUCGACUAAUACAGUUUCUAGCUGUAGUUGUUAUG